AAGUGCAGCGGCGUGCACUUCCGGGUGUUGUCUGGCGGCCGCCGCGCGUCUCGGGUCUCCCGGCCACCGCCCGGGUCGUGGAGCCAGGAGCGACGUCACCACCAUGGCGGGCAUCAAAGCUUUAAUUAGUUUGUCGUUCGGAGGAGCGAUUGGACUGAUGUUCUUGAUGCUUGGAUGUGCCCUUCCGAUAUACAACCAAUACUGGCCCCUCUUCGUUCUCUUCUUUUACAUCCUCUCGCCCAUCCCGUACUGCAUAGCCAGGAGGUUGGUGGACGACACGGACGCCAUGAGCAAUGCCUGUAAGGAGCUCGCCAUUUUCCUCACCACGGGCAUCGUGGUCUCAGCCUUCGGACUCCCCGUUGUGUUUGCCAGAGCACAUCUGAUUGAGUGGGGCGCUUGCGCCCUUGUUCUCACGGGAAACACCGUCAUCUUCGCGACCAUUCUAGGCUUCUUCCUGGUCUUCGGAAGCAACGAUGACUUCAGCUGGCAGCAGUGGUGAGCCGCUCAACUGUAGCCACAUGGACUUCUGUCGUCUGCAGGCCGGCCGUGCGCAGGAGAGGGGGCCGCGAUGCUGUGGUUGGCCAGCCUUGGGGUGUGCUAGGUGCUCCCUCCUCACUGCUGUACGCCUCCUGUUUCCACGGGGACUUGCUGAGGAUUAAAAGGAUUUUCUCUUUUGGAAAAGCUUGGCUGGUUUCCCACGUCUCUAGACUAUGCUUUCCAGGGUGUCCUGCUGAAGCUAAAAUACUUAAUGUGUUUUCCCUGUUCAGUUGUUUUAAAAUCAGUAUGCGAUGUUACACAUUUUUAAGAUGUAAUAACCAUUUGCAUUGGUUUAGGAAUUCAGAACUUCUGGCUGUAUUAUGGGCUAAAAUACACAUUUUUCUCUAAAUAUCAGUUAAUCUCCAUUAUAAAACAAAUAUACAUGAGUAAGUUUUCAUUCAGUCAGGAUGACAUCACUCCAGGUGAAUGCAAACUUUCAGAGCAUUGACAUACCUUCUCUACUAUUUACUCAGUGCAAAGACAGCUGCAUUAUACCUCAGGGGGGCGACUGCUCCUGCCCACACCCUCCGCAAGGGUUGCUGGUUUUACUAAUGGACAGGUGUUUUGUGAAUUGAAGAUUAUUUUGUGGAAUUGCUAUAAAAGAGUGUUUUUCUUCUCAACUCUUAGAAGAAUUUAUGUUAAACUUUAAGGUACAGUGUAAAACAAGUUUGGGGAUCCAGUUUAUAUUCGUGUUUGUCACGAUCAAAGCAUGUGCGUGGCUGCGUGGGAAGAAGUGACAGUGGAGUUCCCCUGUCUGCACGCCAUUGCCAUCCGUAGUGACAGGUCUGAGCUCCGUCACCUCCCAUGGUUUGGAGGGUGAAAGGAACACUCAGUGGCACAGCUGUGAGUUUGCAGUGUACAUACUCAAAAACUUCCCUCUGCUUCCUCCUUUUAACUUAUUUUGUACAUUGUAUAUAUUAAGUAAAAGAACUUUUCAAAUAUAGUUUAAUAAUGUUUAGAAAUGUUUGACUACUAGGAAACCAAUUGCUAUGCCAUACACGCAGAGCGCCCCUCCCCUACAAGGCCUUGAAGUGAUUCACAAGUGACUUGUUAGCUUUGCAGGUAAUCCAGGAACAAGCAGUUGUAGGACUUAGACCACGGUAAGAGAGGUCUCCCAACCGUAUAGCGUAUGCAUUUUAAACACGGUUAAGGCAGGUCUGCUGUAAACCUCUCAGUCAUCUGGGCUUUGGUUGGUUUCAUCGUGUUGGAUCUGCUGUUGUAAGUAAGGUAUUUAUUGUCCGAAUUAAUACAGAGUAGCCAAAUCCAGCUGCACCACAGCUUCAGACACAGGCCCAACCAAAAACUUUUCAGUGACCAGGCAUGACCAAAUCGUAGCGGUCAUUUGCAUCUUCAGUUCUCAGUACUUUACCCAAGAGCUGAUUAUGAAAAUGUUCUCAUUGAACCAGCAGUAUUUUGUGAGGGCCUUUGUAUGUUUCUCCAGUAUGCUUACAUAAAAAGAAGUGUUCUGCCUUUAGCUGGAAACGAGUAACCAUGACAACUGUUUUUUGUUUUUUGUUGUUUUUUUUUUUCUAUAGUUUAUUUCUCAAAAAACCUAAAAAAAAAAAUAUGGGAACAUGCACCAAGUUUGUUCAGCUUUUUACUAAAGAUGCCUAAAGCUGCAGUUUUAAUUUUGCUUUGUUUGCCCUGACCCAUGUUUUAUUACUUUGGCUGUGAGGUGGGAAGCAUUAUGUCCAAAUGCUGCGGCCAUGCCGAUUUUGGGUUAGACCAGAAGGGGCUUGUUGAGUCACGAUGGGGUGGAGCCCCACGGCGGGUGUGCGCAUGCUCAGAACCUGCCUGGGUUCCGGAGGGAGCGCAGCAGGUUCCAUCUCCGGGCCUCCCUGUUCUCUGCUCCUUCACAAAGGAAGUGCUGAGCGCUUGGCUGUAGGCUCCUUUUCUAGCAGCUGCAGAUUCUUUCUGGGUACCAACCUUAGCAGUAGCCUUGCGGGUCUGACAAUGACACUGGCUCUCCAGUCCCAUCUCUGGUUUCUAGGCUAGCUACUUAAGAGUUUUUUUCCAUCAGUAUGCGUCAACACAUUGUUGUCCUACCGCGGAGAGAGAAAACUUUUGAUGAUAAAACAAUAAAAAUUUUAAAUAUCCA